AUGUCAGGAUUAGAAAUUGCACUUGGAGCCUUCUUAGGUACUCAAUUAUUAGAAUCCAAGUACUUAAUUAAGGAUGACAUCAUGCUUAUACAGAAAGUUGUUCGCAGCGCUCUUCCCUACUUAUACAGAUCCAACCACGGUCGUGCUUCCUACUGGUACUAUUUCGAACAGGCAGCCUUGAAAUACGGCAACCGUAAAGCUGUGUGUUUCCCUCGUCCUGUGGCCAAUUCUGAAGAGCCACCACUCGAUGCCGAUGGGUUCCCCAUUUAUGACACCCAGUUCCAGAUCGAAGAAUACACCUACAAGCAAUUAUACGAUAUGGUGUUGCGUAUGUCGUACAUUAUGAAGUACGAAUAUGGAAUCACAUCCGAACACACCAUUGGGAUUGAUUGUAUGAACAAGCCGCUUUUCCUUGUCCUUUGGCUUGCUCUUUGGAACAUUGGGGCCUUGCCUGCUUUCUUAAACUUCAAUACCAAGGAUAAGCCAUUGAUCCACUGUAUUUCCAUUGCCAACGUAUCUCAAGUGUUCAUCGACCCGGAUUGUGCUGAUCCCAUUCGGGAAACCGAAGACAAGAUCAAACAGGAGUUGCCAAAUGUCAAAUUGAACUACCUUGAUGAAGAAAAGUUGUUUGAUAGGUUAUCUCGCAAAUCCACACCUAAACACAGAGCCAAGGAUGAAACCAGAAGACCCCAAGACAAGGAUUCAUCUCCUGCAGCUUUGAUUUACACCUCAGGUACAACUGGGUUACCUAAGGCUGGGAUCAUGUCCUGGCGUAAAGCGUUCAUGGCAUCCAUCUUUUUCGGGUACAUCAUGAAGGUGAACAAGGACUCCAAUGUGCUUACUGCCAUGCCAUUGUACCAUUCUACCGCGGCCAUGCUUGGAGUCUGUCCGUCGUUGAUCACCGGUGCUUGUGUCACGUUAUCUCAGAAAUUCUCAGCCUCGACAUUCUGGACCCAGGCUAGACUUAGUAAAGCAACACACGUGCAGUAUGUGGGAGAAGUGUGUCGAUUCUUGUUACAUGCACAAUACCACCCGGACCAAGUGAGACACCUGGUGAAGAUUGCCUAUGGGAAUGGUUUAAGAAGGGACAUUUGGGGCCAGUUCAAGAAGCGAUUCCACAUUGAAGCAAUUGGUGAGUUUUAUGCUGCUACCGAAUCACCAAUCGCCACCACUAAUAUCCAAUACGGGGAAUUUGGAAUUGGUGCAUGCAGAAAGUACGGGUCCUUGAUCAACUUGUUCUUGCGCUAUCAACAGACUAUCGUCAAGAUGGACCCUGAAGACGAGAAUGAAAUUUGGAGGGACCCAAAGACGGGGUUCUGUGUUAGAGCCGGUCCCGAUGAACCAGGUGAACUCUUGAUGAGAAUCUUGAACCCCAAGAAGAUCGAAGAAACUUUCCAAGGUUAUUACGGGAACAAGAAAGCUACCAGCAGUAAAUUAAUCACCAAUGUCUAUAGCAAAGGUGAUGCCUGGUUCAGAAGUGGUGAUUUGUUAAAGAUGGACAGCGAUGGAUUGUUAUUCUUUGUCGAUAGAUUAGGUGAUACCUUCCGUUGGAAGUCCGAAAAUGUCUCGGCCACUGAAGUUGAAAAUGAAUUGAUGGGUUCUAAUGCUAUUAAACAAUCCGUGGUUGUCGGUGUCCAAGUUCCUCAACACGAAGGUCGUGCUUGCUUUGCCGUGGUUGAACCAGUGGAUGAAAUUGAUGAUCAAACUGUGUUGACCAAGAUUCGCGACCAUGUAGUACAUUCCCUUCCAAACUACGCCCAACCUCAAUUCAUCAAGAUUGCUAGAAACAAUGAAAUUGAAUCAUCCCAUAAUCAUAAAGUUUCAAAGAAUCAAUUCAAGAAGCAGAAGUUGCCUCGAGGCGAAAGUGGUGAAGAAGUUAUUUAUUGGUUAAACAAAACCAGAUACGAGCAAUUGGAUGACCAAUCGUGGGCUAGUAUUUGUAGUGGGAAGGCAAAGUUGUAG